AUGGCGACCAGUCUGUAUCCAGAGUACCCGCCGGAGCUCAAUCCAGAGCAGAAAGAAUACCUCUUGUCGAAUCUCAAGGACUGGUCGAUCGCGCAUGGACUUGCCGUCAGACCAGCCCCAGCAUACGUCCCAGAAGAGCAGAAUCCGUCCGGAGCACUGGCAGCAACUGCGCCUGUGACGCUUUUCCCGAGUCUGUUCCCGAGAGUCUGCUUCGAGCAGGCCCAGUCGGUAGCGGAGGCGUACAAUGAGCUCUACUCUGCUAUUGCCAGUGACGAGCCAUGGCUGACUGGCAUCGUCGAAGAGCUUGUCGAGAUCGAUGAUUUUAUGGCUGGUCUUUGGAAGGUGCAUCAAACUGUCAAGAAAGACGGUUAUGCCCAGUCUCUUGCCCUAGGACUUUUCCGUUCCGAUUACAUGGUCCAUGUUGACAAAAGCAGCGAUACCAAGCCAUCCGUCAAGCAGGUCGAGUUUAAUACCAUUGCGUCCUCCUUCGGCGGCCUGUCAAGUCAAGUGUCUGGCUUGCAUCGCUAUUUGUCUUCGAUCGAUGCAUAUCCGGAUGAGCUCUCCUCGACUGUCAAUGGUCUUUCUUUACCGGACAGUGCUUCCGUUCCUUCAUUAGCCAAGGGCAUGGCAAAAGCUCAUGAAGCAUACGGUGCUCCAAAGUCCGGUCUACCGACCUGCGUGAUAUUUCUAGUGCAAGAACCCGAGCGUAACGUCUUUGAUCAACGACAUCUGGAGUACGCUCUAAGUGAGAACCAUGGCGUGCGUACCUUCCGUCUGCCGUUUGAUCGCGUUUUGCAGGACACCAAGGUCGAUGAGAAGCGAAGCCUGGUCUACACACCGCCAUCGUCACCUCACAAACAGUACGAAGUGACUCUAGUCUACUUCAGAGCUGGUUACGCUCCUUCAGAGUACACGAGUCAAUCACACUGGGACGGUCGUCUCCAGAUCGAGCGCAGCGCCGCAAUCAAAUGCCCUACCGUCCUUACCCAGCUCGCAGGGACCAAGAAAGUCCAGCAAGUCCUUGCAACACCUCACUCCCCACAUCUCGCCAGGUUCAUUCCAAACGAAAAUAAAGCAGCAAGCAUUUUAGACACAUUCGCGCUCAUCUAUCCAAUGGACAAGUCAGAGGCUGGGAAAGAGGCAAAGCAGCUCGCCACGAAUCCAGACAGCGCAAUCAAGUAUGUGCUUAAGCCCCAGCGUGAAGGUGGUGGUAAUAACAUCUACCGCAAGAACAUUCCUGGUUUCCUCAAGGACCUGCCGGAAUCCCACUGGCCAGCUUACAUCCUGAUGGAGAUGAUUGAGCCUCCGGCCCAGCAGAACACCAUCUUUCGUAACGGGGAGCUGCAGAGCGGAGGUGUUAUCUGCGAACUAGGCAUUUACGGAGCUUGUGUGUGGAAUGCAAAGCGCGAUGGCACGCGAGACAUCAUCGAGAACUUCGAAGCUGGGUAUCUGUUGAGAACCAAAGGCAAUCAGAGCGAGGAGGGUGGUGUUGCGGCUGGAUUCGGCAGCGUUGACAGCCCUUGCCUUGUGGAUGUCUAG